UACGAAUAUAAUUAGUUGCGAGAUCAGUUGUUGUCAUAAACGCGAACAAAGCGACCGUUUUAUAAUAAAAUAGUUUGUAUUGUUAUUAAAAAAUGUCUCAAAAAGUGACAAAAACUAUUGUUUCUACGAUCAAGACUUAUAGACCGGUUGGUCCGUACAGCCAAGCGGUCUUAGCAGACAGAACCCUUUACGUCUCCGGGGUUCUAGGGCUGGACACGACCUCCAAACUCGUCCAGGGUGCGGGUGCUCAGACCAGACAGGCCCUGGACAACCUGAGGCACAUCCUGGAGGCAGGAGGGGCGUCGCUGGAGUCAUGUGUCAAGACCACCAUACUAUUGGCGAAUUUGGAUGACUUUGCUGAAGUCAACAAAAUUUAUGGAGAAUAUUUCACCAAGAACUACCCGGCGCGUGCUACGUAUCAGGUGGCGAGGCUGCCGUUAGGUGCAGCCAUCGAGAUUGAAGCCGUUGCCCUUAGCGGGGACCUUGUUAUCAACGAAUCUACCAGCGCGCGCGUUUAAUACAAUAAAAUAAAUUACAACUCAAA